AUGGCCGUGGUUACGCCCAAUCCGCUGUGCGUGGCGGCGAAUUUGGAAGAUUUGGAGGGCGGCUGGUUCCGGAAAUUAGAUGGAAAGGCAGUGGGUGAGCUGCACGAGGGGCAACUCAUUUGGAACAAACGUUGGGGGAUGGACGAUGCUUCCACAGAUCUCUUCGAGAUUGCCCCUGGAGCGCCUUGGAGUCUGAAGACGUUGGAGCGGGCACCAUGGGUUGAUAAAAGCGGGGCCGAUUCAUUUUUCUUCACAAUCAGCUGUUUUCUGACCUUUCUAGCAGGGCCCAGUGUCACCAAGUAUGGUCUGAAAGGGUCUGUUUCGUUCUUUCCGGGUAAAAUCAAAACAUAG